CAAUUUUAAUUUCCAUUUAGCCUCUUCCUCUUCUUCCAUCUCGAAAAUUCUCAACAAUUCUCAUUCCCAUUCUCUUUCUCCUUCCACAACCUACCCAGACAUACAAUCAUACAAACAUAAUAUUUCUAUUUAUAUCUAUACAUUUAUACUUUACUAAAUACAUACUACAUUUACAUGUGAGAUGGAAUUUUCAAGAGAGAGAAAAAGAGAAAUGAGCCCAAACGGUAGUUCCAUCUCAUCGGUGGCGAAACAAGCGGAGCAGCUGAGAAUAGACGGCAACUCUUACUUCAAAAAAGACCGUUACGGCGCUGCCAUCGAUGCUUACACCGAGGCUAUUACGCUGUGCCCUGAUGUUGCGGUUUAUUGGACGAAUCGUGCUCUGUGCCAUCUCAAACGCAAUGAUUGGGAGAGAUUAGAGGAAGACUCUCGAAGAGCGAUUCAGCUUGACAGCAAUUCGGUUAAGGCACACUAUAUGUUGGGACUUGCAUUACUACAAAAACAAGAAUAUGCCAAGGGAAUCAGAGAAUUGGAGAAGGCUUUGGAUCUUGGGAGAGGUGCCAAUCCCAAGUCCUAUAUGGUAGAACAAAUAUGGCAAGAGCUUGCAAAUGCAAAAUACCUAGAGUGGGAACGUUCGUCGUCCAAACGAUCAUGGGAAUUGCAGAGCUUGAAAGAAACAUGUGAGUCUGCGUUAAAGGAAAAACAUUUUCUCGAUUCCUCCCAAAUGGAAGGAUUUGUAGAUGAUGCCACUACUUACCAUUUGGAACAAUUAGAAGCUUUAGAAAGAGUCUUCAGUAAAGCUGCAGAGGAUGACACACCUACUGAGGUGCCAGAUUAUCUAUGCUGUAGAAUCACACUUGAUAUUUUUCGUGAUCCUGUAAUCACUCCAAGUGGACUUACAUACGAGAGAGCAGUGAUCAUUGAGCAUCUUGAAAAGGUGGGUAAUUUUGACCCAGUUACGCGGGAACCACUUGCUCCAUCACAGCUAGCACCAAACUUGGCCAUUAAGGAAGCGGUUCAGGCAUUUUUGGAAAAACAUGGGUGGGCCUACAAGGUAGAUUAAGUUAGAAAUUAACAGUUUGUGGUAGGUUUUAUCUGUUAAGCAAAUGCCGCAGGAUGCUGUAUUUUAAGGGCGGCCAAUGAUGUUUGGUAAUUACUUUUGUAGUUCCCUGCGGUGUCCUGACUUUGAAGAGCCGAGCCAUCUUUUUUUUUAAGUGUACAUAUGGUUUUGAGUUUUGACUGUCGUAUUUUGUGUACAUAGUAGUGUCCUUUACUACGCGCUUACAUAUCAAUGCCUGCC